AUGAGAUUGUUAUUUAGUUUUCUAUGUGUGCUGCUCGCAGCAGGGCAGGCGGCAAGAUGCAGACCCAUGACGUUCAAAGAGAUGCUGGCGUGCAAAAGCAGGCCUGUGGGUCGCGUGCGUGGGGAAGACGUGUAUGUGAGCCCGGAGUGGGUGGGGCACCCGGUGUGUGUGUCCAGGCUUGUCUGGCUGGGGUACGUGUACAACAUGCGGAGGUACUCGUGCGGGCUGGACACGAGCUUCAGCCUGGUGCCGAGCGGGCGAGUAGACAAAUACGGAGGAGAGGUGUACACAUAUGUGCGAGAGCCGGAGAGGGACAGGGCCCACCUUCCCGAUGGCAUUGCGAGCACAGUGGCGUUUGCAGGAGACGAAGGGUACAGCAUGCAGUUCCACCGGGCGCUUGUGUAUAUGUUUGGUCUACAGAAGAAGGGGGGCCUGACGGUUGAAACUGGGCGGCCGUGCUCUUUCACAGAGUUUCUCCGAGAGAGCUGCAGAACAAAAAAAGAGGCGCACUACGUGCUGGCUGCGCUGGUCCUGCUGAGCGAGGGCGUUGACGUGCCGAUUCGGACCGCUGGGAACAGAGUGAUUAUAAAAAAAAGAAAAGACAGCGAGGAGGCACUGGUGGACGCGUGCGUGCCAGCCGUGGACAGUGGAGAAAGACAGCCAUCCGAGACGUGGCAGGUGGUGAACUUCUUCAAGCGGUACAGAGGCACAUACAUACUGCCAGGCACAUACGGAGAGUUUAAA